GCGCGAGCCCCCGGUGGCGCCGCGCCAUGUUCAAGUUUCACGCGGUGCACGGCUCGCACGUGGCGCUCGAAAACGAUGACACGUGCGCCACACGCCGCGAGGGCUUCUGCAAUGGAAUCACGUUCAGCUCGGUUCCGAUGGCACGCGGUGAGCAGUACCACCUGAGAGUGAGCCAGGUCUCCGACUGGAGCGGCGCGCUGCGACUGGGGGUCACCUGGCACGACCCGGCCACGCUGACCUCCCUGCCGCGCUACUCGUUCCCCGACUUAAUCCGGCGGCCCGGGUUCUGGGUGCGCACCAUCCGCGAACAGCACCUCAGUGACGGCGCCAGGAUCCACUUUUGGCUGACACUGGACGGAGUUCUACACGUCUCGGUCAACCACCAGCAGGUCACCCGGCUGGCCACCGGCGUCGGCGAGGACAGGCCGCUCUGGGCCCUGGUGGACGUCUAUGGCAACACACAGUCGGUCCAGGUCACCGGGGAUGAGGAGACGCCUCUGGAGAUUCUGGCCCGCGGUCAGGCGGCGCGGGACCUGUACCGUCAGGUGCGCAGGGCCGGCACUGUACCGGUGUACCGUAGUCGGCUCUUCAUCAUCGGGAACUGCGGGGCCGGUAAGACGACGCUGCGUCACCUGCUGCUGGGCAGCUCUGCCGUCAGCCAGCCACCGCCGACCGCCGGUCUGGACAGCUCGGAUCUGUUCACAUUUCCCGUGGACGACCCGUCGGCAUGGCAACCGGACAGCGCCUCGGUGGGCAGCCGCCGGCCCAGCACCGGGCGCUGGUCGAGUGCCCAGAGAGAGCCGGAGGAAAUUGAGGAAGAGUACCAGACGGCCAUCGCGCGGAACGUGGUCAGAGAGCUGCUCAAGGACCGAAAGUCGCGGGAGAUGGCCAAACGGAAGAGCCGCUCAUCGUCGCGCCACUUCUCCAGCACGUUCAGGGUCAACCUCAGCCGCAGCAGCCUCAACAAGGUCAUGCCCAGGAAGGAUUUCGAGGUAACUGACGAGGGUGCACUGAAGGAGCUGCCCCCGGAGAUUGUCAGGCUGGUGGAGGAGAUGCUGGCUGAAUCUCCCGACAACAGCCAGGAGAGGAACGAGUCGCCCGAACCGGGACAGAAACAGCAGGUGACGGUGAGUGUGUGGGACUGGAGCGGCGACCCGGAGUACGAGGCCGUGCUCCUCCCCCUGCUGGGCUACAGAGGCGUCUACCUGCUGGUGUUUGAUGCCUCUCAGCCGCUGGAUGGACCGGCUACCAUUACCACCUGGGCGAAGGGUCAGGCUAGCGAGACUCCGGUGGAGGGCCGCACUCGUCUGGACCAGCUGCUCGACUGGCUGCAACUGGUGCACACAGCUGCCACACCGGGCUCAGCUGGCGAGGGGCUCGGCACGGGCACCCUGGCGCCGCCCGUGCUACUGGUGGGUGUGUGGAGCACACAGGACGACCGGCCGCCGCCCACAGAGACGGAGCUGCAGCAGAGCCGUCAGCUCAUCCGUCAGGCCCUGGAGGGCCGGCUCAGCGGCCGGCACGUUCACAGCCAGGUGUUAACCGUGCCAAUAUCGGGGGACGCGGCGGCCCUGAACGCCCUCAGAGGCUGUCUCGGGCAGCUGACUCUGAGCCAGGCGUAUAUGGGUGAGAAGGUGCCCGUACGGUGGCUGCGGCUCGAAGAGGAGGUGGCCAGGAGGGUGCGAUCCGGGCUGGUGGUGGCUACAUGGCCAGAGAUGGAGACGAUGGCGGCGGAGCACGACGUGGCCGGUGAGGAGCUGACGACCUUCCUGCGCUUCCACCACGACCAGGGCAGUCUGCUGCUGCACGGAGACGGCCCGCACCGGCUGGUGCUCCUCUCGCCCCAGUGGCUCGUUCAGCUCUUCGCUGACGUCAUCAACGCCAAACGGAAAUACUACCAGUCGGCGCCCAGCGGCUGGCGGCGUCUGGAGUCCGAGGGGGUGGUGGAAGCGGCCUUGCUGAGUCGACACUGGGACCAGUUGACCAACAGUGCCAUCACAUUGGGCGUCCUGCGCCGACUGGGGCUGGUCUGCCCGCUGGCGCCGCCGCCGCCACUCUACGACCUGGCGGAGAGCGCGAGGAGCUCAGAGGAGACCCCUCGGUCACCCUCUGACUCGCUGACCCUCUUCAUCGACUUCUGCGGCUUCCUCACCGCGAGUCUGGUGAGUCAGCUGGUGGUACGGCUGGCCGUCUGGACCCAGGAGAGCUCCCACCGGGCGCCACACGUGUCCUACGGCCGGGCGCGGCUCUUCGUGGACGGCUCGCACGAGCUGCUGCUGACCGCGGCGCCGCUCCACCUGGCCAGAAUACAGGUGACGGUGGCGCGGAUAUCUGUGCUGAUGGAGGACGGACUGGAGUCGUACCCCACCCUGCCGGACUGCGGACCCACCGGGGGACCCAGCCCCGACGCCUGUCUCCAGAUACAUCGCCGACUGGACUCCACAUUAGCCGAGGUGCGCGCGGCACUGUGCCGCCGUCUGCAGUGGCAGUUUACCGUCGAGUGUCCGUGCGGCCGUCCGUGCACCGUCCACCGGCGCGCCGACUGCCCGGCCCCCGAGUGUCUGCACACGCUGCCGCUGAACCAGUGCCUCUCCGGAGACACCGUCUACUGCGACUUCCGACGGGUGUCCGUGGAGCACGUGAAGCGCUGCUUCGAGCGCCGCCAGCCCGACCGGACGACCGAAGUCAGCCUGGCACCUGUGCUUCCCGCCCGCUACCUAAGUCGCCACGAGAGUCUCAGCUCGGCCUCUGCGCCUCAGUGGGUCAAACAGGCCGCCAAACUGCUCAACGCCGGAGGACCCGGAUCAGACUGGAUGGCAGUCGCCAAGAAAAUCGGUCAGCUGGGUUCUGAGGCGGACGGGUUGGGAGGAACACUA